AAACCAGAUAUAUUUCCAUGCCACAACUGCAAGGUAUAUAUACCCUCGUAAAAGAUUUCGUCACGCUUUCCACACGGAACAAAAAAACAUUUGCGCAUGCGCAUACAUCCACGCUCUUUCGUGCGCUCUAUCCCGGUUAUUUCACCAAGUCUAGUACGACUGUUGCUGAAGUUGGAAAGUUGCGGGCAUCAUGAUGAUUGCAGUUCGUAUUACUGUUGUUGUGUUAGUGCUCAUUUCAGCCUUUGGAGCCAAUGAGAUUGCUAGGAUAGGUGGGGGAGUUGGUGGUGGUAUAGUAGGCCUUGUUAUCAUUGUGGGUAUUUGUCUUACUAUCUAUCACUAUGGGAAACGCUAUCGUAGUUGGAGAGCUGAAAAUGUCCCACUUCUGUCUACUGCUGACACUCCUCCAGUAAAUUCUACUGUACAGCCACUAUUAUGCUGCAAAUUCCGUGGUCACGUGCGCCUAUACUUCAGCCAUCGCACCGUCUCGUCAGCGCGCAUUGUAAUGGCGGAACUCCCGGCAUGCGACGGUAUAGAGAAUGACGCGGUUCAUCUGAAGAGCACAUUGCUGCACACCGGACGGUACGCCACUGUGAGAGAGGCCGACAUCGCUGGAGCGAAAUGCGCAGCCAAAAUCUUCAAUUUCAGUGACGGUGAACGCUCUCCCAGCAGGCAAGAUGACGUGGUCUGUGGAUGCAAGGUAUUAGACACACUACGACACCCGAACCUCGUGUCGUUCCUUGGGAUUACCCAAUCCCCUGACUCUGUACUCCCUGUCCUACUCGUGGAGUAUUUACCCACCACCUUACACCGCUUCCUGUCACCAGCAAAGGCUGAGCAAUCAAUUCCACUAGGCUUGAAAAUCUCCAUCCUCCAAAACGUGGCUUGUGGCCUGGCGUACCUGCACAUCCAGUCACCGCCAAUCCUUCAUGGUCACUUGUCUGCAAAGAAAGUCCUCCUUACUUCAGGAGCAGUGGCCAAGAUAUCGGUGGAUGUAGGGGUCACCGUAUUACCACAGCCUCUUCAAACAUCGCCAUACAUGCCACCAGAAAUCACAGGGGCACAGUCUCCAUGCACAGCGGCUGUCGAUAUCUUCUCCUUUGGCGUUCUUUCCCUCUUUACCCUCACCCAGGACCCUCCAAACAACAUCCUCCCGCAAACAUACACAAAUGAAUCGAAACAGCUCAUAUGUCGCAGCGAAAUUGAGCGUCGCUCCCAGAGCAUGGAGAAAAUCUUCCGUGAGCUUGGGAAGGAGCAUCCUCUGGGGAAACUGAUCACCAGUUGCCUCAAUCAACAACCAGCCUCGCGACUAACUGCUGCCAAUCUGGUGGAAACUCAUUCUCUCUUGUGGCAGGCAGCAGUGUUGAUCCCAGAUCCAUUCCAAGAGAAAACCAAGGUGGACCUGGUACACCACACCCACAACCUUGCAUGUGCACACGUGAGAAUGAGGAGAGAAUUGGAGAGUCACGAUUGCGAACAGAGGGACCAAAUUAGGGGUUUAUUACAGGGAAUGGCCCGACAGAGAGAGAUGCUGCCUACUGAGGAUGGCGAGGAAGAAGACAAGGAGAUGGUGAGCGAACAAGAGAUUGCCUACAUAGCAAACUUUGUGGAGGGGAUCCAAGCUGACAAGCUCGGUCGAGAGCUCGGCAUGUGUGAAUCUACACUUGAAAUCAUCAACUGCGAAUCUGCCAACAGAUGUGACGAGAACAGAAAAAGGGCAAACGUUCUGAGGCAGUGGCUCAGGAACACCAGUUCACCCACAUGGGAAGCUCUGGUUAAGGCACUGGGUUCAAUUGGCCAGAAAAGAGUUGCAGACAUACUCAGGAAUGAUAAAGGUCUGCAGUACUGCACUACCAUAACUGAGCGGGAGAGUAAACAGAGUCAAGCGGAACAGAGGAAGGUGGAGGCAAAGUCUGCAGAUGACGGUAAGGCGGCAGCAGAGCUGAAAUCCCAGCUGGAGAAGGCUAGAAAGAGUCUGGAAAUAGCCCGGUCUAGUCUCUCCGAGGCCAACAGAGAGCUGGAGGAGGCCAACAAGAAAUGCGACAAGCUUCAAGAGACAGUUUCCAACAUGGAGCAAGAGAUGAGGGGUCUCAGAUACGAGCUCAAAGGUGAAGAGCUAUUCAGAAAGGAGUUGGCUGAUGAGAACCUCCAACUAAAGCUCGAAGUGGAACGCUUGAAAAGAAAGUAGAUUACUUCUUUAUUAUUAUACAUAGCAAAUGUUUUUGUUAUUAGUUCUUAUAAAUUCCACAACUCUUGUUGUAUGAGAUGUACUAAACAAUUUGUUCAAGUCCAAUAUUCUAAUGCAUGCAGUUGUGUAUCGUUACAUAAUCAGUUCAAUACAUACCUGCAGAAACAAACAGAGCAUGUUAGCAGUAUGUGACUGUAAUACUGAGAAGCUUACUUUGUGACUGUAGCAGUCCU